UUCGCUAUUAGCUUUACGCUCGCUUCAUUAAAUCCAGGCUCUUGCAAUUCUAAAAUAUACUACCGUAAUUGCUUUCCAUUCCCCUCUCACAGAAACAAAAGGAUUCCUCAUCUUCUCUCUAUCUCUUUCCAUUUCCCAUUCAAAAUGAUUCUCAUUUCCCAAUACAAUCGAAGUUUCAAGAGCGGAAGCCUCGGGCGGAUUAAUAGAAGCCUUGGGAUUAAAUUUCAAUUUCAAUCUAUGAGCUUCAUUGCCUAAUUAGUUAAUGAAAAAAUGGAUGAGAUGUCACACUACAGACGAUUUAAAAGAUCCAAGGAUAUCAAAGGUACUUGUGAAAUGCGACCAUGGCAUGGUUUCAGCUUUGAAGACAGUGACAUUUGGGCCAAACAAGGGAAAGAAAUUCUAUGGCAGAGUGACAAUUGUAAUUUCUUUUUGUGGGAGCAUGAUUCAAAGAAGAUGGAGAGUAGGGUGUCAAUGGAUGCAGAAAAGCAGUCAGUUUUGGAUGAGAAUGAAAGGCUUAGAAAAGAGCUGGAAGCAAUGAAAAUUGAGAACAAAAUUUUGUUGGAAAAAAUAUGUAAGCUCAGAGUGAAAAAAAUUGUUAGAGGCUGAUAGAAGGAAAGUGAAUCCAGGGAAAAAGACUAUGUGUGGUGUUGUUUUAUCUUGGGUUGUCAUUGCUAUUGUGGUAUCCAUUUUAGUUGGUAGGAUGUAAGAAUGAUAGCAGUGUUG